AUGAACGCCAUCCACGGAUCCUUCACCCCUCCGCAUCUCUUAAACAACCGCCAUUCUCCCACCAGGAACAUCUACCCAUCCUCCGCCAUGACCGGUCGCAAGCGGAAAGCAGACGACGAUGGCAGCAGCGACGACCGCAUGAGCGCUUCGCCAUCUAUUUCCUCCGCCGAGCUGCCACGACAGCAGCCCCGUCACAUGAAGCGUAUGCGUACGAAUCUCUCCGGCCGCCCGCUGCCUCUGCCACGCCUUCUCGAAACCCUUAGCGCCGACGAGAUGCGGAACCUGCUGCAAAGCAUCUGCCAGCGCCACCCAGAUAUUGGCAACGAAGUUGUGUCGACAGCUCCGCGUCCUAGCAUACAGUCAACUCUGGAGGUCCUUUCCAAAUAUGAGUCGGCCUUCCAGUCGGCCUUCCCCUUCGGUGGACGGGCGUCAUCGGACUAUGCGUACAACCGCGUGCGGCAACAACUCAUCGAAUUGUUGGAGUCCCUGAAAGAUUUCACGCCUCACUAUCUUCCACCCAACGAGCAGCAGUCGGCCACGUCUCUCGCCUUCCUGGAUGGUGCUACAGAGAUUAUUCAUCGUCUGCCCAACUGGGACACCUAUCAGCACAACCGGCACAAGGAGGAGGCAUACGAGGAGAUGGCCAAGGCGUGGGCGAUCGUUUUCCGCGAGGCAGCCAAGAAGGCUGGUGGCAUUCAACUCCAAUAUGGUGGCUGGGACCAGAAGAUUGCUAAGCACAAUGAACAUUCUGGCGGAAAGAUGCAGGAAGCCGUCAACGAGCUGCGCGGUGGUCUGGGCUGGAUGGGUGCAGACGCACCUGCGCCUGCGGCCAGCGGGCCCGAGGAUGCUAUGUCGAUCCGACAGCAACUGCUCAGCGGGAACUACGGCAUGGGCUCAUCCGCAAGCAUUGGAGCGUGGUAG